AUGCUCGUUUUCUGGCGUGCCUUCCUUGUGAGCGCCGUCUUUGCCAGUUCGGUCCUCGCCCGCCCGCAUGCCCGGCUUCGUCAUCCCAAAAAAUGGGCAAAGAAGCUUGCUCAUCUCGAAGUUCUGGCGGAGUCUGAGGAUUCACAAACCCCAGUGGAGUUCAGCACCACCGCAAAAGCGCCGAAGGAGAAUAUAUUUAUCAGUUUGACGGAUGAUGAAGCUGCCGCGGUCAUCAGCUUCUUGCAUAAGCAGCCUGCACUGAAUCUUACCGCCACUGCGAAUGCGACUGCCUGGGACAAUGCCAUUGAAGUCAUCGACCUUGUUCAGCCAAAUAAAACCGAUGCUCUUGCCUUCUUGGACCACAAUGAGCCCGCGCCACCGCGUUAUGCUCUUGCGCGUAUUGCAUUUGGCGCGACCCAGCACCCUUACCUCCAGGAUUUCAUUGUUGGCCCCCUUCCUAUAACGAACGCGUCGACUUACGCUAGCUUGGACUGGCAAACGACGAGUGGAAGCUCUAAAAUCAGGAAUUUCAACCCCGACGAUGACUUGGUGACCGAGUGGAAUUUGAAGGUUACGAAGACCGUCGCGGACAUCGUGCUUGACCUCUUGAACGGGACUGUCACGGGCUCAGACGACGAUGAUUUCGAUAUCUUCGGCAUCGACCCUUUAUGGCAAGAGGAAAUCGAUGGAAAACAGCGCACAAUUUUGUGGAAUACUUACUGGCGUUUCCCUUCUGGCGACGCGGCUAUAUUCGACGGCGAGACUCUGCUGCCGCAAGGGUUGUUCUUCAAGAGCGAUAUCACUGGGCGGGACUCGUCCAAGUGGAAAGUGCUCGGAUGGCUGUAUGGAGGCAUCUUUUAUGAAACUACCGCCAAGUUCAGAAAGGCAUGGAAGUCGGAAGGGUUUGUCAAGUACGAGUUGAACAUGCCGUCAGCUUGGAUUGGCACAGACAGGACGGGAGAUGCACUUCCCGCGGAUACCCUUUCGCCGCCAGUGGCAGUCCAGCCAAGUGGGCGACGAUUCGCAGUUGACGAAGCUCAAAAAUACGUCGAAUGGAUGGACUUCUCAUUCUACUUCACUUUUACCCGUGAUACUGGCCUCCGUCUAUUUGACAUCAAGUAUCGUGGUGAACGCAUCAUAUACGAGCUCGGGCUGCAAGAAGCUAUCGCUCAUUAUGCUGGAAAUGAUCCAGUCCAAAGUGGGACUUCUUACAUGGACACGUUCUACGGAUUUGGUCCGUAUGCGUUCGAACUUGCGCCUGGUUUUGAUUGUCCUACUUAUGCGACUUAUCUCAACUCGACAUUCCAUGCUGCCGAACUCUCGACCACUCACAGGAAUAACAUCUGCCUCUUCGAGAGCGAUCCUGGGUAUUUGAUGCAGAGACACACCACAUCGGCCUACCUUGCGGUGACCAAAAAUGUGGUGUUUACGAUGCGUUCAGUGUCCACAGUUGGCAAUUAUGACUAUAACUUCGACUAUAACUUUAUGCUUGAUGGGACGAUUGAGAUUGUCGUUCGCGCCUCUGGUUAUAUCCAAUCAGCUUACUAUGCCAAAAACGACGAAUAUGGCUAUCGUAUUCAUGAUGGCUUGAGUGGUAGCAUGCAUGAUCACGCGCUGAACUGGAAGGUCGAUAUGGAUAUUCUCGGCACCAAAAACACUUUCGUCAAGCACAAAGUCGUUCCCGUUCAAGUCAAAUACCCAUGGUCAAAUCACACACGCUCCACCAUGAAGGUAGAGCGGGUGCGCGUGGAAAAUGAAAACGAGGGCAAGCUGAAUUGGCCGGCCAACGGCGGAGCUAUGUUCAUCGUCGAGAACAGCGACGAGCUUAACAAGUACGGGGAACCCCGUGGCUAUAAGAUUGCUCCUUCCAGAGGCGGCGCGGGCAUGUACCUGACGAUACAGGAGAGUUCGAAUCUUCUCAAAUCCCAAGGCUUCGCUACGCAUGGAUUAUAUGUGAGCAAGCAAAAGGAUACUGAGGUUCGGGCGUCACAUGCGAACAACGAUUAUGACCCAGGCCACCCAAUCAUCGAUUUUGACAAGUACUUUGAUGGCGAAAGCAUCAAUCAGACCGAUAUAGUAUUAUGGGUCAAUUUGGGAAUGCAUCAUGUGCCCCAUACUGGCGAUCUUCCCAACACGGUUUUCACGUCUGCACAAGCUGCGUUCCUGAUAACUCCUCACAACUAUUUCCUCCACGACACUUCCCGCGUUACUCGUCAAAUGCUUCGAAUCGACUACAACUCGUCGGGUGUCCAACUAGUCAAUCAGUUUGGCGCAAACCAGCCUGACGGGAUGGUCAAUCUGACGGCGCUUCAAAAUAAUUAUCAUGAUUACGAGGGUGAUGUCGCUGUGCGCAAGUUCCCUUACGACCCCCUUCAUCCGUUCAAUAACACUGAAAGCAUCGUCUGA